AUGUCCGACACCUUGAGCUGGGGGUCGAGGAAGGGGCACAGAGCCUUCUGGAACGAACAAGUGGCUUUGUGGGAUUUAACGGACCUUGCCUCUUCCGGAAGAUUGCGUGCUGGUUGGCUUUACUGCGUGGCCAUCAAUAUCGUCGGUCGAGCCAUCUCUCCUCCCAUCUCGGUCAGAUUCGCAAAAAUUGAUGAGUCGCGGACGUGUGAGACCCGAACUUUUACAAUAAAGGACCAACCGUACUUGCGCCUCAACUGCACGGUCCCGGAGAGCACCCCGCCAGCCACUGUUCGGUGGAUGUACCGUCAGCCCAAUGGCUUCAUGGGUUUCAUUCACGAAAAUCGUACCUUUGCAAUGGAUGAUGACGGCAAUCUUCUAAUUGCUACUCUUGGACUUCCUGCAUCGGCAACUAUGUAUCUGUUCUGCUCAGCGAGUAACUCAAUUCUUCGCACAAUGAGGACAGACUGCGACAAUGUGCUCCAGAUUAAAAGAAGUCUCUCACAGAGUAAUCAGCCUCCUGCCGGGCCCUUCCUCAUGGCACGGUCACCGCCAAAGCAGACGAGACUGCUAAACGAAACCAUAGAACUGCGGUGUCUUAUCUCCUUCUUUCCAGGAACCGAGAUCCAAUGGCUUUGGAAAUCCUCCAAAUUCGACACAACACUGGAAUGGAAAAGUGGGCAUUGGAGCACAAAAUACAAUAGAGCUUUUCCACAUGUUCCACGCAUCGAAGUGAAGAAUGAAGGAACCUUGCUGAGCAUAGAGAGGCUGAAAUUUGAGCAUGCAGGCCUUUACACAUGCCGAACUGCAGACAAAGCGGGGUCCCCAUCGAAAGCUGUUUUGGCCACUUAUGAGUUAGUUGUUGAAUCCAUUCCUGUAUUCGAAGUAAUGCCAGUGGACACAACUGUGCCGAUCGGAGGCUCAGCUCGGCUACAAUGCGAGCCAAAUGAAGAGGAGGAAGGCUCGAAAAUAAAAGUCAAAUGGUACAUGAACGGUGAACCCAUCGAAAGACACUUGGAUGGCAAUCGCAAAAGGCUUUCCGGCAACAGCCUCAUUUUGAGCGAUCUGGGAAUGCACGACAGUGCAGUCUUUCAAUGCAACAUAAGCAACCAACAUGGAUUUCGAUUUGUAAACGCCUACGUCAAUGUCUGGAAUUCACCACCUGCAAUAAUUCAAGGUCCGCCGGAGGAACUUAUUGUAGCUGAGGGCCAAAAAACCACCAUCCCUUGCAAGACAGUGGGGGCUCCGACCCCUCACAUCCACUGGACUCGCGAUGGUUCUGUCACAGCACCAAACAAUCUCGGAGAUGACUACAGAAAAGUGCUUAUACUUCCCGACGGGAGCCUUGAAAUCAAGAGAACGGCUCUGACUGAUGGUGGGAUGUACAAAUGUGUUGUUGGCAACCGCUUUGGAAGUUCUUCAGCAUCUGGACGUCUUGUGGUGAGACAAGCUACUCGGAUCACUUCAGGUCCCCUGUGGGUGGGUAGCUAUGCCCUUCAAAAGACCACUGAAAAUGGCACCAUUGUCACUAGCAUCGGAACCGAGGUGUCACUCUUCUGCAGGGCCGAAACCGACGUCAUGGAGGUCUCGAAAUUACUCAUCAAAUGGCAGUGGUUACCACUUUCAAAGUCAUCAGAUUUCCAACCAGAAGCCGAGGUUGACUCGUUGGAUGGUUACGUCGAUCUUCCAUCCGACAACAUUCGUGAGACCCAGCGGAAGAUCAGCAGAAACUCAGUUGAAUCUUCUCUGACACUGUUGAAACCGCUACCGUUGCAUUCUGGAACUUAUCGGUGUCAAACCCUCAACGGUCUUGAUAACGACUCACGAACCGUAGACGUCAUUAUUCAGGGCCCUCCUGACCCUCCACUGGAGAUGUCGUUGGAUUGUACACAGGUCGCUAAAAGAGGAACUGCUCUUCUAUCGUGGACCCCUGGUUUUGACAACAAUGCACCCAUCACCGAUGUUCAAAUUGAAUUUACCGUCGGUUUUAACCGUCCCAGUGGAAAGAUUCAGACGGAUUUGUUGGACCUCUCCUCUCCCCUCCAUACAAAGAUAAUUCUAAAGACUCUAAAUAGCUCCGUACAGAGUGAGACGUGGCUCCGGUUAGAGCAUAGUCUUUUGUCCGGACCCCUUCUUACUCCCGCCUGGCAGGCCAAUGACGACCUGGCCAUGGUCAAUUUGACCCGCAACGUCGCCCUCGUCCCCAUCCAUCCCGAUGUUGCCUACCAAUUCCGUCUACGUCUGGUUAACCGCAUAGGUGUCUCUGAACCGGGACCUCCGGCACCGAGCCUAAACGAGGAGGAGCAGAAACGUUGCCUUCUCAAACCACAGGCGCCAACAGCGAGGCCCAAAGAACUGGAGAUCUAUGGAAAUGUGCCAAACACACUAACUGUAGCGUGGAGGCCAAUUCCGCCAAUUCAUCACAAUGGUCCAGGUUUACGUUACCACCUGGCCCUAAGAUGUCUCGAUUGUGAACAAAAUAUAGUGGAGGGUGGAGCGCUAAAUGGUACGACAAUUUUCGACUGGAAUCAGAGCCAAAUCGUGUUUUCAAACCUUCCAGUCCACAAUGUGCUCAACCAAGAAUGGUCCAUCGAAAUUUUCAAGCAAUACGAGGUGAGUCUGACCGUGUCAAACGUACUGGGUUUAAGCAAAGCCGGACCUCUGGUUGCCAAAGGGUGGUCGGCGGAGGCACCUCCGACUAUAGCGCCAUAUCGACUCCGCGUCACCCGUGUGGAGGCCGCUAUGGCAGAACUGACUUGGGACUGGCCCCCCGAAACCUCCGGAUCCGUAAAUGGCUUCUUUAUCGGUCUUCGAAUUGAAUGGUGUCUUGUCGAGAAAGACCAGAUUUGUGACCGGUAUAAAGUUAUUCAGGAUGUUAGACUUGCUGAGCCUCCAAAAGAGCUCUACCCUAAUCUGCGAGUCGACCCAACUGACUUGGAACCCAGGAGGCGUGAAACCGAGGAUUGGCCUGGUAAUCACACUGUCCAGCGAAAUUUAGAACCAACGGUGGUAGCCUACAAUCAACACAGACGCGCUGUGCUCCGAAAUUUACCUGGAUUAAGUCACCUUCGCGUAUGGAUUCGUCUUUUAAACAUCCAGUAUGAAGGUCCUGGCAGGUAUUUCUUUACAAUCGUUAAAGAAAUUUGA